CUGACGGGUUCCGACUGUCAGGAAUCGAUCCUUGUCAGCGUUCCUCCUUUGCUCAACCAUUCGGGAUGGGCCCAGAAGACUUGACAGGGGUGUUGGUGACUUCCAUAUGCGAAAAAAUUCCGUCAUCGUUAGCCUCAUUGCUGGAGGCGAAUGAUGCACCCGUGCAACAUCAUCCUUUGCUACAAGCGUAUCCUCUACACGUGAAAACGAAAUAUUUCACCGCAGAUAUCCAUCUGUUCGCGUGCAAGGACCCAACUGAUCUCAGUGAUGACGAGCUCUCGCAAUUCGAAGCAUUGAUAGUCUUGUUCGACGCGAACUGUGAUAAUUUUAAAGAAAACGCUGAGCAGUUGGAGCAGCUGCGGAAUCGAUGCAAAAACUCCGAGAUCAAUCUUGCAGUAUGCGAGUUGUGCGAAAAUGAGGCUAUCAAGAGAAUAUUCAAGGAACGUCUCUCGGAGUUCGAGCUCAUCGAGACCGAGGCAGAGGAUCAAGACGAGUGCGGAAUCGAUCGGAUGAAGGAGGCGCUCCGAAUGCAUACCUGGUCGAAUCUCAUCAUGCAUGAUCGAGAAAGGCUCCCACCUAACUCCAGAAUACCGGAACAUCUGAUCACGGGUGGAACAGUGCCACUGCAAGAGUCCGCCGGAUCCUCUAAUCCAGCCGAAAUACCGGACGACGCUAAUCCGCCAGUCGAUCCCGAAGCAGACAUCUCUUUCGAAGAGGUCUUCGCCAAGUUCGCCUCCUUCAAGAGCAGAGCGUUAACUCUUGAAGGAGACGAGAGGAGGAAAUUUGCCGAACAGGUCGUCACGCAAUUCUGGAAGGCAAUGGGUCAGGACGAUUCGGAACUGGCCGGGCUCGAUAGCGACAGCGAGUAAUGGAGCAUUUUGUGAAAGUGAUCAAAAUUCCUCACAUGUUAUUGUUGUACACGCCUCCAGGGUCGAUCACCCGACUCAAUCCGUGGGACAGAGGGAGAGGGAAUUGCUCCACGAAUAUGUCCCGAUCAGAUCUCAUUGACGAGACCGCUCGUAAAUGCGGCGUGAGAG